AUGGAUGUCGCUACUCUGAGCUGCUCAGUGCAGCGCGUCAACGCUUACCACUUCACGUACAACCUACACAUGAAGUACAAGCAGGCCGAGUGGAACAUCGAGAAGAGCUUCUCCGACUUCGAGCAGCUGCAGGAAAGCCUUGUCUUUCAGGAGUUCACCGAUGUGCCGCUGCUCCCUGACCUCCAGCUCUCCGGCAGCCUUGACCCUAUGGGCGACGUGUACAAUGCCGAAGUGGCAAUAGAGAAGUUCAUACAGGAGGUAUUGCGUCGUCCAGACACCAGGUCCUGCACGGAUGUGUUGAUUUUUUGCGACCUUCUGCGUCACCUGCAGAGCGCCCCGCCACCCGUUUCCGCUACUCUGCUGACCUCAACCCCCGCCUCCCACCUGGCUGUUUCGGACGUGGGCAACCUGGAAAAUGAGGGGAUCAUGAUCGUUGCCUACGAGGAGAAGACGGCGUUAAGCAAGAUCGGCCGCAUGUGGUCACUAAUUGAGCCGGACGUGCUGGGUGCAGUGCGUGUGUUCAAAAUGGGUGCCAACGUCACGGACGAAGUCACCAAGGUUUCGGAACAGCUGUUCCACCACAAGGUCCGCGCGAUCAAGUACAUGCCGGAGACCUCCACUCUGGUCGUCGCCAAGGAUGACGGUUAUGUGGGCAUAUAUCGCAUGGAGAACCAGUGGACGGAGUUCGUCAGCAUCAGCAGCCUAGCGCUGCACUCGGGGCCCGUGUUGUCCUUGGACAUGAUGAAGCACCUGGGUUUCACGAGCGGCUACGACGACACCAUCCGGUGCUUCGACGUCACGCUGCCGAAGACCGUGAGUGGCGGGAAGCUGACCAAGCGCCUGAACGGGGAUAAGCUGCUGGCCUCCGCGGUAGCGCCACCCCGAACGAUGCUAAUCGGAACGUCCAGCAACAAGAUUUACACCUAUUACAUGAUGGACGAGCUGCCCGUGUUUGUCGACAGCUGCGAGGUGCCGCCGCCGAUGAACAUCAGGAAGAUCCACUGCACGUCCAGCAACGUCAUCGUCGCGCACGGGAACUGCGUGUCGUGCUUCAGGUACUCCCGUUCGCCGCUGGACACGAUACGCGAGCUUAAGAGGCCCAAGGGUUCGUCGUUGCCUCCCGUGCCCAGGGAGAUGACCGGGAUCGGCUUCCAGAGGGAACCGUCACCCGCCGUACCGUCAGAAACGCAGUCCAACACCGCCACCAUCUCUUUUCCGAUGUCCAUCCGUUCCGCGCAAUUCUCGGUGAACACCAGCACCAGCAGCUUUUCGACCUACCAGGUCUACGAUUUCGCGUUCCGGCCGCAAGCCAAGCAGCUGCUGGUAGCUUACGACGAGGUCGUCGCCAUCUGGUGCGUCGCCAGGGGUGUGAUGCUGUACUCUUGGUACGCGCAUCGCCACGCGCAAGUUCACGUAUUGCGAGUUCUGGAGCCCGAAGGAUUGGUGGUGACUGGCGGCUCGGAUGGCGAGGUGCGUAUCUGGCGUCUGCCUGAUCCAUCCCUGCUGAUUCUGGGUAAAGCUGUUCUCGCCUGA